CUUCUUUCUUUUCGAAAAACUAUAGAUCUAUCCCAUUCUCCCUUCCUUGCAUAUCACCAUAUAUCAAUAUGACUGAUAGCGAUCAAUUCUGUACAGCGCCUAAUCUUCAGCAAACUUACCCUAAGAUCGAACGAAAAGUUUCCAAAUAUGACAAAGUCCCGGAACUAGAACAAACUCUUAUUGUCAAGACAGGUUCAUAUCAAAAACAAUAUGCCAGUAUUUAUUUUAUUCGUCUUCUUCAUCUUCGUCCUAUUGUUCUGGAAGCUGCAAAACAGCGAUGGGGUUCCUACCCAGAGAAACCAGCUUAUAUUCCUAAAGCUUUGGAUAUCCAAACCAACGAAGUUUGUUAUAUUAUUGGUACAGUUUACAUUGAUAUGGAGAUGAAACCCAACGUAUUGAGGGAUCUUAGUGCAGAAAGUAAUCUCACUGUGCCACCUACACCUGAAAAAUAUAGGACAGAAACCAAUGUGAUAUCUUUGGAAGAUGAAUCUGGACGUGUCAAGUUGAUUGGUGCAAGAUUGGAUAAAGAAAUGUUGGUGACUGGUAUGGUGGUUGGUAUCCUUGGAAAAGAAGAUCCUGCCUCUGGUGCUUUUGAAGCUUAUGAAGUUUGUUAUCCUGGUUUACCACCUCAAACUCCUUUACCUGUACCUAAUGUGGAUGAUACCAAAGAGGAUAAAUAUGUUGCUAUUUUAUCAGGGCUUAAUAUUGGAACAAAGGCUGACAAUGAUUUGAAUCUUCAACUUUUGACGGAAUAUAUAUCUGGUGAACUUGGUAGUGGAAAUGAUCAGAAGAGCAACUCAUGUAUUACGCGUGUCAUUAUUGCUGGUAACUCAAUAUCUCCUCCUGUGAUUACUGAAAAUGGCAAGAAAAGGACGUAUGGUUAUGAUGCCACUACUUAUGAUGCUACUCCUAUGAUCCAACUAGAUAAUAUUGUUAACGAAUUAUGUAUGACUGCAGAUGUGGAUAUUAUGCCUGGACGAAAUGACCCUGUUGGGAUUCAUCUACCUCAACAACCACUACAACGCUUCUUAUUUGACCAGUCCAAAAAGUUAUCUUCAUUCCACACAGUGACAAAUCCAUAUUGGUGCAAGUUAGACGAUACUUUACUUCUUGGUACAUCAGGACAAAAUAUAGAUGACAUAUAUAAGUAUAUCGAAGGCAUAGACCGGUUGAAGAUGGCCGAAGAAACAUUAUUUUGGCGUCAUAUGGCACCUUCAGCACCAGAUACCUUAUGGUGCCAUCCAUUCCAAAAUCAUGAUCCUUUUCUUCUUAACCAAUGUCCACAUAUUUACUUUAUUGGAAAUCAACCUCAAUUUGAAACCCGGAUAUUAGAAGGAUCUGAUAAGCAAAAGGUGCGAGUGAUAUUAGUCCCUUCAUUUGAAGAAUCUGGAACUAUUGUACUGGUCAAUUUAUCUACUUUGGAAUGUAGCUCAUUACAAUUUGAAGGUACAAAAUUGCCUAUUGGAACUGAACAAGAUAGGAUGGAUGAAUCUUAGAACUUUUUCAUGCAUCCAUCCAUUCAAUCAUAUGUAUCGUCUUUUUUUUUUUAUCUCCCUUCUUUAUUUGACUUUAUCCCCCCUUCUCAUUAUACAUUCAUUUGCACUCUUCCCCUCUAUUUAUUACUUCCAUAAAUUACUCUGUUGAUAUUCCUCAUCCUUUUUCCAACUAGUCUAUUUCGUAUAUAUAUAUAUAAUCUACUUAUACAAACCUAUCAAUUGAUCACAUUCUUUUUUUUUCUUUUUGUUUAUCAUUUGUAUUAUC